AUGACAGAUCGCGGCACCCAGACCUGCCAGGGGUUUGCGGGGCCGGACCCGGCGCUCCUGGAGGUGCUCCGACGACUGGCGACGACGCUGGACGAUCUCAGGCCGUUCUUGCGCGCCCCCCAGCCGCCACUCCCGUCCCCCGCCGCGUCGCCUCCCGAAUUAUUGGACCCAAGUAUCCGUAUCCAGACGAACAACAAGGCAAACGUGCUCCGGGAUACGGUGCCGGUGGUGCCAACAGCAGGCGAUAUCCUGAGAUGCACCGCGCCGACCGCGGCUCGUCUUCGCGAGCUCGUCACCAUGGUAAGCGAUGAGCGCAACUUGAAAGGGGAAUCGCGGGCAUAUUGCCGGGCGGUGUCGAAGCUCGCGGCGUUUAUGGACUGGGAGCCGCAGGCCUUUGGCAAUCUCGAGAUGAGUGGCGAUGAUGGGGUCCUGUUUGACUGGAGACCCGACGGUCGGACGUGGCUGCAGGGUGCCGCUCACGAUCUGGGCGCCGAUGGCUAUCCCACGUCGACGUCGAUUCUCGACGGACGAGGCAUGCCGGGGUCGAUAGAGCGGCCCGCCCAUGGGAAGACCUGGCUUCUUCGAGUGCCGUACCGAUACCACAUCCCCGCGGACUACUUCCUCUUCACCGUCAACCUCCUCCACCACGCCGAGCGCGCAUCUUUCCGUGGGGUUCUACUCGAGACCUUCGGGCAGCGCAGUAGUGGUCUAGACCGUCCAGCGCGUGCCUGGAGACUGCCCACUCGGCUCGGCUCGUUGGUCCCCAACGUUGCCGAGGUCCUGGUGUUGCAACUGCACCUGCGAUUCUUCGUUUGGGAACCGUCUGAAGCGCGCAGAGACGUUGCCGAUGCCGGGUGUCGCCCCUGGGUGCUCGCGAGAGGGAGGGAGCGCGUGAAAUUGAACUGGCUUCAUGACCGCGGAUUUCUCAUUGAGAAGGCCGUAGCAGUCUGUGUGACCCUGUACCUCACCCGCGAUGCCCCCUACACCAUCCUCGCCCUCACCGACACCGACGAGCCCGCCCAUCCGGCCCACGGAGUUCCCGAGACCGGCAGGCAAGCGUGGGAGGCCAAUGGGAUUGUUCCCUCCGGGCGGUGCACCGGCGUAUCGCAUUUUCUAGCCUUGUCUCUUUCGGCCGUCGGACAGUGGGAGGCGGGAUGGAAGGGUGCGUUGGGCACCAUCGACGGCAUGGUUACGGUUAAUUUGGGAGACACGGUGAACGACGAGGUAUGGGGCAGCUACCUGUUUGACGAUUCGUUUCGGGUCUCGAGGCUCUACUUCACCAUCCUGGAAACCCUCCGGGUCAGCCGCGGCUGGGUUACGGAUAUGGUCGAUGGUUGGGACAGCCUGCGCGAGCAAUGGACGCGGGAGGUCCGGCCCAGCGAGAUCUUUGACGAAGCCGACUGGCGUGCCGCCGAGUUGGGCUGGGACGCAGCCACCAGGAUCGUCCACGCGAAAGCCCGGCUUCUCAUAGACCGCAUCGACCGGAAGGCAGAGGAGAUCAAAGGCCUCCGAGACGGGCUCUUCAACGCGACAUCGCUCCGCGAAGCGACCAAGGGAAUCGAGCUGAACAGGGCCGUCUACGUCUUCACCGUCGUCACCGUAAUUUACACGCCCAUCAGCUUUCUGGCGACCUUCUUUGCUCUGCCGUUCUUGAACAACUCUGGGGACGACGUCGACAUCGGCGUCCCUCGCGGCUUCACAACCUCCUUCAUCGUAGUUCCUCUCGUGACGUACCUCGCCUCCUUGGCUGUGGCCUGCUACUUCCACGCCGGGGCGAGGAGAUUUCUCUGGGCGGUGGCCAGCAAAAUGUAUAAUUUGCCCCGGGAGGCCGUUCGGUGGGUCAGGUCAGUAAGGGACUCGGAGGAUGGGUACUGGUACUGA